AUGGCUUUCUGCGUUGACACAGAUGACGAAAGUCAUAUGUACAUAUUUUCGGGGGUAGCAGGUUGCAAUACAUGCCCACUACCUUAAUGGUUUCUUUUAGCUCAAUUAAUAUUAUUGAUCUCUGUAAACAGGUUGCAUCCAUGGCACAAACACCUGUUGCCAAUUCUGUUCAACUCUGCCAAGUAUUUCAACAAAACGCUGAUGAAACUCCUCCUCUGAAGCGACCGAAGAAAAAACAUGGGACUCCAACUGGGAAGAAUGUGGUGGUCCUUAAAAGGGAUGAUGUUUUAGAAAAGGAUGGCGUUGUGUUCAUGCCAAAUACUAUUGAAAUGGCACAACUAAAAAAGACAGAAAAAGGACAGUUUAAAACAAAUGUGCAGAUUUCUUCGAAAAUGUCUGAAAUGGACAUAAAACAGAUAUUAGAGGAGAGUUUUCCCCUCCUUGCAAAUAGAACGUAAGUACCACAGACUUGUUAUUCGACUUAUAUCUCAUUUUGUUAAGCAUCAUAGGUUCAAGUUAACUUUUUUUUGUAAACAUUUAACAACAGCUACAAAAGCAAGCUUUUGAUCUAUUCUUUAUGAGGAAAAAAUGGUUUAUGUUAGGUUAAAUUGAGAUCAGGAUUAUUUUCGUUUCGCUUAGUAAAUAGAUUAGCCCGCGAUCACCAGAUAAGAACUAAACUACUAACGCUAUGUUCACAUAAAUAUCGGAAUUUAAUGGUAAUCGUAUUAGUUCUCCUGACGAGGAUGCCUAUGUAUACCGAGCCAGGACUUGACGCAGGACUCUGCAAUUCGUUUUCGCUUUCCCCCCAUUUUCACCUCCUGCAAGUCACAUGACCAUUAAGAGGAGGAUUGGGGUUAAAGGUUAGGGUAAGGUUAGUGUUAGGGUAAGGUUAAAGGGUUAGGGUUCGAAUUAGGUUAGGGUUUGGGUAAGGCUAGGGUUAGGGUGAGGAGGUUACAAGUUAGGCUAGGAGUCCUUUUCGCUGCUUUUAGUUUACUUUUGUUUAUUUUUUUUUAUCAUUAAUUAUUUUUACUUAUGUAAUUUUUUGCUUGGUUACAGAAAGAUUAGAUAAGUCCUAACUGGAGUCCUGGCUCGAGUCCUAGCUUGAAUCCUGGCUUUGAUGUAGGUUUAUCUUCUAUUUUUCCCUACUCUGGUCAACAAAUGUCCUUUGUUUUCUUUUCUUAAAUAGAUUUUACUGCGCAGGAGCAGCUGACAACCGAACAAGAUUAGACUUCCAUGGAGAGCGUCGUAUUUGGGACGGACGUCUUAUAAAGCAGAAAAUAAAAGGAAACUCAGUUCUUUACAUUUUUACCAAUGAGGUAUUUCAAUGAAAAAUACAUAAGUUCCGAAUAUUUCCAUAUUUGCUACAAAACACCUCCUGUAAGCACUUAUUUUUUUUGCGAUAUUGAAACUUCUUUAAAACGAAUCGUUUUGAAAACCAUCCUUUGUUUCGUUUUGAGUAGUCGCCUGUGACGUUUGGAGGCACAGGUACAGGUUUUAUAACUAACUGGUAAGAAUUGCUUACUAUAAUGUUUUAUAAUUAUUACAACUGGGGAAUCCAAGCAAGGGUUAAAAGAAAUGACCUCGAUUUUGGAUUAAAUAAUUAUGUAAUAUCAAAAAUUCCUUUGAAAAAAAAAAUAAUUGUAGUUAUAGCUGCUACUUAUUAUUUUAGUGACUAAUUUAUUAACUAGAGAUACAUUGUAUCAUCAUCAUUAUUGGUUUUUAACCCUGGGUGAUACCCUGGACCCAGAAACAAAAACAUAAAAAAAGAAAGAAAGAAAGAAAGAAAAAUGAUAAUCCUGGCUUUUUUUUCAAUUAUUUUGUUCAAAAGCGAAGACAAAAGGAAUUUAACUGAAUGUGCUUUUCAGGCUUUCAUAUUUGAAUUUCAACUUCGCUUUAACCCUGAGUAUAUCUAAAUUCAGCUUUGAAUGAUCCCGGCCCAGGAGAUUAUAUAAUAGCAACUUUUUUUGCUAAAAAUAUUUUAUCCUUUACAUGCUAUAUAUUGCCAUUCUACAACAGGAACGUUUGGGCAAACAGUAUCCCACGAGUUCAAAACUGGCAGCACCGAAACGCUCCUAUGAUCAGAUGACACAGACAAUGAAGAACGAAGGGAGGAUUGAAACUGUUGGUCAUUCCGUCGGUAAAUUGCUAGAAGAGUGAAAAUUUUGCAAGUUUAAUUUAAAUGUGUAUCUUAAACUUGCAUUAGGUAUCAAAUUACUUGCAAACUUGUUGCAUACUCUUUAAUAGUUCACUUCAGAACUCCGACAGACUGCGGGGAAAGGUUUUUUGGGGUCGAAUCAUUUAAAUUUAGUGCAAUUUACAUGGAAACAUUUUGCACGCCGCAAAUGAAAACCGACGAUGGCAAAACCUAAUCAUAAUAGUCAAAGAUCAAAGCGCAAAGCAGUAGACAUGUAGUUAUCAUGGGUUUGGGGGGCCGGGGGGGGGGGGGUGUGUUUGAAGUCCUCCAAAACUCCUUCCCAUUCCCCUUCCUAGGAUAGGAGACAAAAUAAAUCUUAGUGUGAAUAGCAUUCAAUGCCCCUUGGAAUAUUUAAUUUUCUGUCUCAUCUAACCCACAGACAUACGGAUGUUUCAAGGGCGCUAUGUUGUUGUUGUUGUUGUUUUUUUUUCAGGGAUAAAUCAGAAUUUUAUUUCGACACAGUCUAAGUCACAAACAAGGGAGCCUUUAUUGCGAACUGCUGAUAUGCGUGCUGAGGCAAAUCAGUCCCAUUCAGGCCUUCAGGGAAUGGUAUCUCCACCAUUGUUACCUCAGAUGGGCAGCUUAACUAUUUCCCAUACAGCUUCUGAGUGGGAAAAAGCUCAAUGCGCGCAAGCAACAGUGGGGAAAAAUAUAUUCAUGCAUGCACCUUGGGAGGUAAAGGAAAAGCAAGGUGAAGGCAACAACAGCGACAGUACUGUAGGCGAGAGUUAUCACCCACCAAUACAGAGUUCUGUUGUGAAUGCACAGGUAAACUGGGCUAUGGACACUGCAUGUAUCAACAAAGCUGUCAAAGUUGUAGGAACAUCAGAAUCAGACUAUGAGGUAAAGUUGUUUACAAAUAUCCUGUUGACUUUCAAAGUCUUUGCCACAAAAAUUUUUAACUUUCUGGGUGGCUUUUGUCUAAAACCUACAGCAACAAUAACAACUCGUCGGUGAGGUAUGAACUCGUUUUGUCUUUGUCCUCCCCUUUUCUCAGAAAAGGAAAUAAAUCAGUAACUAAUUAAAAAAAAUAAGUAAAAAAGCUUGCAGUAAAGGUUCCAAAUGAAGAGAUCGAACAAAAAUUAGUUUAACUUGCCGGGUUUUGCCCUAAAAUUUACAGCAUUCAUUACAACUUUGUUAUUUUGAACCUAAUAAAACUGACCACAGAAUGUAUAUGUGGUCAGUUUUGUCUCAAUAGACGAAAAAGAAAGGAAAACUAACAGCCAAGGGAUUGGGAAACAAGCCUAAGAUAUUGGAUAGCCUAACAGACGAGGAAAUUGAAAAACUGUAUGCUUUCAAAUGCCUAGGGUUUGAAAGCUCUCAGGUCAUAAAAACAUUUUGUGGCUGAAUUCGACCUUACGUUUCGGCCUUCCCGGCGGCAAAGAACAGAGAGAGUUUACGCUCAAAUAAAGUAGUAUCUUACUUAUUAAUGUUUGCCAAUUUCGUUACGUUAUUUUUGCCUUAAAUUUAUACCAAGAGUCUACCCUGUUUAUAUAUUUUCUAUUUAUACUGAUUUAUUUCUGGCUUUUUCGUCUAAGUCUUUCUUUGUACUGAAAUAACUUGGCCUUGUUUACGAAUGAUACAAAUAAACAACUGACUGUUUAAACCUUUUGUAGUCAAUUGCAAACCUUUAUUUUUGAAAUAAAGAAUAAAGCAUCGUUUGUUGUAUUGUGAGGAUUUCAUAUGAUAACUUGAGAAGCAAAUCAGUGCAUUUAAUAUCCUCCAUAAAAAAAUUAUUAUUAUUAUUAUUAUUAUUAUAAAUAAACGCGGGAACUAAGGAGAUACUGAAAUGAAGUUAAUAAAUAAUGUAUUUCCUGGUAAUUUAAAUUUCCAUAUUAAAGUUAUGUAAUUUCUGCCACCUCCGUUUUUGUUUCAGUCUUGAAUUUGAUAUGAUCGUCCAUUCACCAUUUUUUUUUUGUUCAAUUUGACUGAAUAAUGAGAUGUUGUACGUUUGAAGCUCUCCACAACUGCCACCUUGGGGACAGAAGAAAGUGGCCGUUCAGGUUGUAGAGAGCUUUUACGCAAGAGUCAAUGUAUGGAUUUUUUUGUCCGCCGGGACGAAAAAAAAGUAGCCGUUGUAGAGAGGUGGCUGUUAGCCGAAGUUCGACUGUAGUUAAAAACUCACUGCUAAUUAUGCAUGCAGGAAUUUAUAUUUUUAUUUCAUACAGAAAGUGUAUGAACUGUCAACGAAUUCAGGUUUCAAAUAAUAGAGGGGGUACGGAUAAUACAAAAUGACUGUAAAAGAAAAUUAGACAUGCCGCAUCGGAAACGGUGGACCCUACUUAAGCCUGUCUGGCUGUUAUAAAAUCUAGCAGCUUGCUGCAUAAAUUUGUGCUGACGUGAAUACGGGUGUGUGAAUAAGAGCGACGGUCAGGAAAUAUCGACCAUCGAGUGGCAAGAGUUGUAAAAUCGAUUUCCUUCAUUUUUUGUCCAUAAGUAGCUUUUAGGUAAAUUUAAGUAAUCUGAUGUAAUUAAGUUUUUGAUGUCAUGGUAAUUUUUCCAAAUUAAUGCGCAACAUACAUACCUCCAUGACUAACACAUUUCGAAAAACAUUAAUUAAGUGAAUUUCCGUGGAAUUUGCCAGAUAACGUGUAUACGAGACUUUGAAGGAGAAAAGCGUCGUAAAAACUUCUAACAAGACCUUUUUCUUUAUGAUUAUUACCUUUACAGUCGCAAUUAUCAGAUUUGGCUGUAGUAAGGUUCACGGACUCAGGUUUUGAAGCAAGUGAUGGCCUUCGCAUUAAUGACGGUAAGUUAAGAGCUGAAUUGAUCCUUUUUGUAGAUAUAACGCAACGACAGUGAAACGUUUCUUGCAUAUUCUGGAAAACCUUUAUCAACUUGCAGGUAGGCUACCGACUACUGGUAUAAGCGCCCUUUUACAAGAACCAGUAAAUUUUGGCCGAGGCAUGAAAUAUGAAUAGAAACUGUAUUUUGCUUUAUUUUCACCCCAAGGCGGAACGUCAAUUGUUCUUAGGUUGUCUUUAAGUUCGGGCAAAUUUGAGCCUUGUUGUUCUUAUAAAACUAUAAUAAGAAACAAACUAUAGAAAUUCAAACAGUAAGUUUGUUUUAAUACUAGCAUUACUGGCGUUUUGUCAUGGUAAGAAAAUGUCAGAUAUCAAUUUACAUAUGCCUGUUUUCUUCGUAAAAUCCUAGAACUAGUAAAGGUAAUACUUAAUCGGUACUGAAUCGUGGUAUAUGAUCCCUCUUUUUUGCCACCCUGCUUCUAAUAAGUGUCUGUUAUCAUAACUGCAAGCGACUUGUCAUUUGCCAUCUAUAUAGCCCUUGUAGUCUACUUUUAUUAUAAAUAUAAGGUUUUACCAAGUCCUGAUUUUCUUACCAAAAUACACAUACCACAUUGAAAACGUUUCUUUGCUCAUAUAGGGUCUUCAGAAACUGGCUUUGAACCCGUUUUUAGAGGUUUACCUGUUCCAAGUAAUCUUUCAAAGGAUCCAUGUGCAGAUAUCCUCAAUUCUCAGAGUGGACAGGAUCUGCCUUCAGAUGUCAACCCUCCUUCGUCUCAGGUCAAUUAUUUUUUCCUAUUUUGGUGCAAUAGCAAAUUAAAUUUUCGGUAAUCAUUAUAGUAUUAUUAUUAACGCCAAAAGUACAUUACACAGGCACGAAUGAAUAAUAGUCCAGUGGAUAAGUGCCCUUUUCAAGGGUAAUUGUGCACUUCAUGAUAAAAGCAUGAAACUUGGCAAACUAAUUCUAUAAAUCAUGGGGAACAUUUUAAGGUGGCUCGAUACAGUUUUUCAGGGUCAAUACCCCCCAAGUUUGAGCAUAACCUACGUCGCCAUAAAGAUCUAAAAUACCCAAAAUACUGAAAGGCUUUCACUUGUAAACACAAAAUUUCUGACAAAAUAUUGGCGCGUUGUAGCCCUCAUUUUACUGCCCUAGAAUACAUCAAUAAUCUUGAAACUAAAAGGUCAUAUAAAAGGAGGGUUAAUCUCAAGAAUAUUAAAUUUUUAAAAAAAUCUAUCGAGCGGUUUAAAAAUCAUUCGCUAAGUUGUUAAAGUAGCCCAAAAGUUUUAGAAGAACAGUUCCCGUUGCCGAGAUAUACUGCUGCAAGUAAAAUAGGUAGUAGCGUCAUUUCGUUGCUAUGACAACUCCAAUGUCGUAGUAACCCUGAUCGUAACAAAUUUUCAUCUUUAUCUAAUACAAAUGUGGUGGCAAUUUUUCAAAAUCUUUGUUUUUGGCGACAUUGUUUAUGCUCAAACUUGGGAGGUAAUGAGCCUGAAAAACUGUAUCGAGCCACCUUGAAGAUUAUACGUAAUCUGGAUAUGACCUUCGCCUGGGAGGGGGGAUUUCAAAAUGGCUGCCAGCGAGAAUCUUUAGUAUGACAGAAUGAUGCAAAAUUACUUUGAGAUGAAUUAAUACAGUCGACUCCCGAUGACUCGAACCUUCAAGGGAAAUCGAAAAAAGUUCGAGUUAUCGGGAGUUUGAAGCGAAUAACCGGAAGUAAGGAAAUAGGCAAAUGGAUGGGCAGGGAAUGCAAUUAAGCAACAAAGUAAUCGACACUGAAUUUGAACUGGAGUGACAAAAAAGUAAAGACAAAGAAUUGACUCGGUUGUUUGAAAAUUAAUUCAUUGUUUCGGACUUUAGUACACCGUUUUUUUCCCGCCUUGUCUCGCGCUUAAAACAUGGUUCUUGUUAUCAAAGGUAGAAUUGUAUACAAAUGAUCUGAAGGGAAACAAAUAUUACUUCGAGUUAGCGGGAGGUUCGAGUUAACAAGGGUUUGGGUUACCGAAGGUAAAAUUACAGUAAAUGUAAGAAGGAAAUCCAGGGGAAAUCGACUUUGGUUCAAGUUAGCGAGGGUUCGAGUUUUCGGGAGUCAACUGUUUUUUUUUUUAAAUGCCGCACAUUCAUUAAAAAAACUCCAAAGCCUUUAACAGCAAUUCUCUGUAACAGUCAAGCAAAGUGGGAAAUGACAAAUUUUGACCCUCUCAAAUUUUGCAUGCAAUUACAUACUGUGAGUGGGUGUCUAAAAAUGCGCUUUGUUCGGGUUGCUACCGUAUUGUUGUCAUGGUAACACCAAUUGUUUUUGGGUGACAAAAAAACUAAUUUGGAACUUAGAAACUGUUGUAAAAAAUACAAAAUGUGUAGCUCUGUUUCUCAAGUCCAUUAAAAUGCUACAACCCAAGACCAUCUUCUAGUUCACAUUUAUGUCUUUUACUCUUUAUUGUAUCAAAUUUGCGUGGAACAAAGAGUUUGGGCCAUUUGAGUUGAUGGCUAAAAUAUGGUUAUCCUUUCCUUGAAUUUCUCCACAAGUACAUCAGUUCCAGAGGUAAAACUGAGCAGCCAGUUUACACAGAUAUUCUUGUUACUAAGUUUGCAAAAAUCUCUGCGGGGCGGGCUCUUCUGUUUCUUUCAGUUUUUGUAUACUUCUUCGCAGUCGACAAUCUAACUAUCUACUCGCCAACAAAAUUUCUAAAACGCUGAAACUACCUUCAGUUUCGAAGAAUAUUAUGCACUUAUAUUAGUCAUUUUCUGAUCAAAAAAUUAUUACUGGCUUUCAGUUUUGUAAACAAUAUCGAUCAAAAAAGGCUUACUUUACGGUUUUCUCCUCUUCACCUCUUGUAGCGUAGCAUAUUAUUAAACAAACACUCGGUUGCUCUAACCAUUGCAUGUGCCUGGUUGUGCUCUUUCCCAUUGUAAGCCUUUGUAAGUCUACUCAGUCACUUACAGCAAGUUAUUAAGUGAUAUAGAAGUCAUACACAAGUCCUUACGAUUUUUAAGCAAGCCAAGCCACAUCUUGUAAACUCGCACGCUUUCACUUUGCAUUUACGGCGUAUUUCUUCAUCAGAUGCCAUCAGUCGCUCCAAAAGAGAUAAACCUCAUUAUUUUUUAGUCAUUAAGGCAAGCAUAGGAAUUAUCUACGUAUUAAAAUCCGAAACCUCACUCCAAAAGCUUAAAAAGCUGAACUAGCAGUCAUCGAACCUGAGAUCAGGCGUUAUUUAUUUAUUUAUAUAUUUAUUUUGCUUCUUUGGCUGGAGAGCGAAAAAAAUAACGCCUGAUACAUUCAUUUAACAAGCCGUCAACCGCCCCCUAAUUUACAUAAUCUAACGUCUGCUUGACCUUUCAUGUUAUUAGCCAAUCAGCGUUUACCAGACGGGAAUCAAAUUGUGGCGGAAAUAAAUGUCUCUUUUGUAAUAAAUCUUAGGGAAAAGUCGAAAAGGAAAUUUUUAAGUACGUCCAUGUUCAGAUGGCGCUAAUCCUAAAAAAAAUUUUAAAUGUGUUUUUUUUUGUGAUGAAAUACUGCUAGCUGAUGCUGCCGUGCCUUUAUUGAACAGCUACAAAUAAUAAAGAAUUUACUGGUAAAAGCUCGUUGACUUCGUUCUGUGCCUAAAGCAGUGAAAAAAUAUUUUGGCUGAAGCACCAUAUUUCACGAACUGGAAAGUGUUGUGAAAGCGAAGAUCGCUCAGAAUAAUUCGCAGGUUUUACAGUCAAACCAGGUCAAGAUUCCAUUCGUGAAUUGAUUAUUUGAAACGUGAACCUGUUUGUCGCUUCUGUAACUUGUAGCUGGCAUCAACUUUUUAGGAUACGAUGAGAUGGAAAAUAUUUCAAUGGAUGAAAUUUCUAUUAAGACAUUCUUCAAAUUCAAGAAAACUAAGCUGGCAGAAAUUUCAUAACGAACUCGCGUUUGUAUUCACUGCUCAUUAGGCAAGCAAAAAUGCAGACUGAAAUCAACAACAACUAAUGGAUGGCGGCAUUUUUGGCCAAUAGGAACAGCGCAAAUCAUCCGUUCUGUUUCCUAUCCAAUCAGAAAAAAGUCCAGAUUCUGGCUUUUUUGCAUGUGAUCUUGAAAGGAUUUUAUCAUGCCCUCCUCCCCGAAAACAGAUUACAGAGAUCAAGGGAGAGGGUAUGAUCGCAGGCUAGUAGUCACUCGUUGAUAUCCCCGUGAACAUGCAACCUGUCCUGGUCAGCGGUGUUAAUCGAUACAACAUAAACCAAUUUCCGGUAAAAAUAAAAUCGUUUUCCCCUCACCUCUCGGAGGUAAUGGAGGUAAAGGACCUCCUGAUCGAAGGUUACAUCUGCCUUGCUUACAGGGUGAAACGAAAUUAUCCUUUCUUAGUGAAUGUAAUCGUGAUGUUUCUACCAAUCUGCAAACUUAAGGGCUCAGCAAAUUUCGGAAUAGUAUUUUUCCGAUGAAGUUGACUUCCUGCUCUGCCGUGCAGGUAAGGUCAUUUUAUUUUCCUCACUUUUCUGUAAAGUACUAGGGGGUGGGGCAUGAAGUAACUCCUAUGGCUUCGCGCCGUAGGAUGUGAAACAAUGUUGUACCAAUACAAAUUUGUAACAUAUUUUGAAAUACAUUAAUUAGAAAAUAUGGAACACCGGAAUGUUGGGAACAUGGACUUGAGAUAUUUAAACACAGUAGACCGCUUUUCUUUAAAAGAAUUCGGCUUUCGGGUACGUACAAACAUACAUGCAUACUAUUUUACUGUGGAAUUACACUUAGCCUAAAGCUAGACACGUCACUUUUUCCUGGCCCUAGGAUAUCAUGAUUACAUGAGGAGCAUAUUGUUUGGUAAGGGCUUCCGUACCUUCUUUAAGAGUUUUCGAUUUUACACGCUUCGAAGCAAGUAACUACAGAAUUUGUUGUCUCCCGACACGACUGACUGUCUCUGGGUUCUGGUUAGAAAAUACUUUAAACUAUAUACCUGAAAAGAACAUUCAAAAUUUGAGGAGGAGUCAAAAUUUUUAGUCAUUUCGUACUUUGCUUGACUGUUCCAGAGAAUUGCUCUUAAAAAAUACUCAAAUGUUUUGGGAAAAUUAUUGUUAUUUUGAGGUGAAACUAUGCUUAUAACACUCAUUGAAACUGAUUAUAUUAUAGUAUUUUGUUGCCUUCUUUUUGUUUUCCUUGACAUUGCAAAAAAGUCUUCAAAAUUGUUUAAUGCUCUUUAGGAACGAAAAGCAAAAUGUUAAAACAUCCGGUACCAGGAAUAGCCGACAAUUUAUAGAAAAAUUUUACACUUGCUGUUGUUCCUUUUCUACAAGGCUGAAUGCAGAAAGUGUUCUCGCAUGCCUGUUUUGUACAAGAUAAUUACGUCUUUUUUUGUACUGUUCACCACGUUGCUACCUUCCUAGCCGUUUAAAAUGUUAUGACGGCUUAUAUAAUUCGGUACGAGACAAAAUGAAGCCGACAUUUAGAAUAGAAGCAACACGCCGUUGGACUGGAGUAAGUGUCGCAUCUGCCAAAAAGACACCGGCAAGAAACUCCAGCGCCAGACUAUGCUCAUAGAUUUAAAGGAGCCGGAUAUAAAACUAUCGCUGAAGCGGUACAAGCGUUCAAUGACCUUGCUUGUUUGCCGGAGGAUGAAAACCUUACUCGCAUGGACGAUUGUGAUGGACUGGAGCUAACAUUCGUUAGCAAGAGAGCAAAAUUUCACACAGCACGCAGUCUCAAAUGCAACAAAAACGAAAAUUCAACGUGCUGCUAAACGGAAGAUGCAUGCAUGCUUCAGUCUUAUCCGGAGUAAGAUUGUAGCGCAAGAGAAUGACUGAUGUCAUCACCUGAGCAAGAUAUUGAGUGAAGGAAAUUAUGGCACUGCUAGAUAAGUGGAAAGGCCGAGUUGCACGUAUAUUUUGCAGCAUAUCACCCGAGAAGACGAGAACAAGCUGCGACCCCAGUCCGUGGCCCUGCAGUAGUCACUGCUCUUCUUUCUCUCUUCCAGGAUGACUCGAAAUCAGUAGCAAUGCUCUGCCAUUCCAUGAAUUUGGUUAGAAAGGCUGUGACAGUCGUUCAUCCAGGGCAAUUUCCAGUGAUCACUUGUGAUCAGCCACUGUUCAAAAUUGCCAAAAAAAUCCAGUGGAUGUGGCCAGAAGAAUACGGGGAGGGGUCUUUUGUUAUAAUGCUUGGUGGUCUACACAUUAAGAUGGCAUUGCUAAAAUCGCUUGGAGAUCUUUGAAUGGGAGUGGCUUUACGCCAGCAGAGGUGCAAGCUAUAAUAGCACAGUAAAAACCCCAAAUUCCUUCCUGAAAGCGGUGCAUGUUAAAAAAACCACUCGUGUUCUUCAGAUUACAACUAGCACUUUGUACAAGCUUCAGCGGGCAUCAUAUGUUAAGAAGCAUUCAUGCCAGCCAGAAUGUCACCCCCCAUCGUUUGAUUAAUGGUGCCAACAGAGAGCCGCUCAAAGUGCACACUCCCAUUUCCAGCAACUUGUGCUCAGCAGCGAUUUGGACGACGUAGUGGCCUAAGACAGAUCAAUCCAUAAAGGCAACUUCCUUUUGCAUGUAGAGGCUUUGAAAAGACUUCGGUGCCUGUUCCAUUCCCUUGACCGCGACAACUACGCACAAGCCAUUGCCAGUCAUAUGCUAGCCUGCAAAAUGAGCAGAACAAUUGCUACCUGAAAGGAGACAGGUGCAGUUGCUCUUACCGAGAACUCAUCGGCAUGACUAAGAUGAAUGGUGUCUGGACAAGAAAUGGCCAGGAUUAUCAUGCUGCCGACGGUGCCAAGGAAGGAUGCAAGAGAAUUUUAGUAAGAACUGUUGGCACUGUCAGUACCGCCAACAAACUGACAUUUGGACAGCUCAUUGUGUUAUUUGGAACGUGAAAAACAUUCCAGUACCUUGAUACGACUCACAUGGCGUAAAGGUUGGACACUGACAAGUGCGAUGCAUUACCUGCUUUUCAUGCACUCACCGGGUGCGACGCUAACGUCAGGUUUUGCAGGAAGAGAGACAGAUAGAUAGAUAGAUAGAUAGACAGACAGACAGACAGACAGACAGAUAGACAGAUAGACAGACAGAUAGCCAACAAAGCAUGCAAUACGUCAAUACGUCCUUCGAGCAGGAUAUCAGGCUGGUCAUGUCUGGGGCCAGGCUCUCCUUGAAGCGCCAAAACUACCAAGCCCUGAAAAAUUCGGUUGGAAACGGGAAAGGGCGUCUGCCCAGUGGGAAGUGAAGUGGACGAACCUGCCGCCUGCUGGUGCGGCACGUCGUGCUGUCGUAAAGUGUGGACGCGUUAAAGGCUGCAGAGGACGGCGCGAUGCAAAAGUGUAAAAGUGAAAAUUUGCCCUGCACAUUGUUGUGCAAAUGUGGUGGAUGUCAGCGCCAUGCGGGUAGCUGAGACAACAAUGUGUCGUGUAAGCCUCUAUGCCUUUGAUCACUGAACGUUAGUACAUUCUUAAACGUAAAAUUUUGAGAUGUUUUCCGAAUAAUGAAGGCUGAGAAAGUAGUGUAAGAGUCAUUCACAUCUAUAAUUUUAACCUUGAAACAACCGCCCAAACUCUCAAAGACACUUUCAAUUAUAUUUUGAUGCCAUAUUUAAUUAGCUUUGGUGUAAGUUCAAUAAGUUUAAAUACAAAAAAUGAAAAUUUGACAUUGUACCCAGUCAUUUGAUCCAUGUUGUCGUACAAACAAUAUAGCCGCUGCCCAUUUCGAAAACUGUCCCCUCUCCCCCCCCCCCCUGACACAGGUCAUAUCUUGGUUGCCUAUAAUCAUAAAAUGUUUCCCAUGAUUUCUAGUAUUAGUGUGCAAAGUCUCGUGCUGUUAUCGUAAAAUGCACAAUAUUUUCACUCAUCCGCCGUACUAUAAUACACUAAUACUGGACAGGUGAGUGGAGUGUUUCAGCCGAUGUCCAGACACCGAAGAUAUGUAAAUAAAACACAGCAUGAACUGUUUUAUCAAAUAUCUAGACAGGGAGAAGAGAAAUGUCACUCACAGGUUGGCGUGCUAAAAUUACCCUCAUCCUGAUAUAAUACUAGCGAGCGCACUCUGACAACUACGCAGUCCAUUUCUCUUCUUUCCACCCUCAUCACUGCAAACGUUCUAACUUUCAAUUUUAUAAGACACCUUACUGUUGAAGUAUUUCUCGCCUUAUUGCUGUUUCGACGACGAACUUUUCGUGAGCCGAACCUAAUUCGAAUUAAGGUCGACCCAAAUUAUUUAGACCGCGGUUGAAGUUAUUCAGACGCUGAUCUUAAGCUAAACUAAAUUCAAAAGGCGAAAAAUGCUCAUUUCGGUCAAACUGCUUACAAAAUAUGUUAUGAUAAUUUAUGCAUUAGGUUAGGCGACUGUAUCAAAGCGGUACUAAAGUCGUUCCCAAGGCGUAAUUUCCCGCCGGGCAAGGCGGGCCAAAUUGAAACAGGCGUUCCUAAUUGAUUCAGACGCCGAACUUUUCAUGCACUUAAUUCAGUGUAUUAGGUUUGGCUCAUGAAAAGUUCGUCGUGUAAAACAGGGCCUUAAAGGAAAAAUUGAUGAAAUUUGGAUUGCAUGUGUCAAUGAAUUUAACGCUAUGACGUCAUAUUACGUCUUCGUGUCAAUCAAAUCGUUUCAAGACGUUGUGAAUGAUGAGUAUAUUGUACUGAGCAAUGUCGGUGGUCAUAAACGCCAGUUCCAGAAAGGGUGUAAUGAACAUUUAAAAUGCCAAGUGUAAAUCCAUGUUUAACCGUUGAUGAAAAAAAGACAUUCUUGGGCUGAGUAAUGUGGAAAAGUAAAGCGAUCGCAAUUGCUUUGUAAUGAACUCAAGUUUCUCUUUUUUGCCUCAAAUUGGGUGAUUUCGGAAAACAAAACAAUCCACACCCCUUCCCUCCUUUUUACUGGCAAAACGUCAGGAAGACCCUUUACGGCACAGUGUCUAAACUAAUUUUGUCUCCGACUGAGUACUUACAUAGCCUGAGUAUCAGGCGUGUCUGGGCAAAAGGGGAAAGAUGGAAGCGAAAAAGGGAGAGAGCUGAAGGGGAGAAACUUCCUUCCUUUCUCUUCUCCCCCUCCCCCCUUCUCCAUCUAAAAUCUCCUCUCUCCUAGCCCCUUAGGAAGGUCUGAUACUCAGGCUAGUGCUUACAAUAAGCUGGAUUUGUGUGUGCGUGUGCUUCAAUUGUAAAUUUAUUGUCUCUUUAGUUGUGUAACACAGAAAUGCUGGUCCAAGAUAGAGAAGAAACCAGUUCCUGUGGAGCAGCAGAUGAUGUGCCUGCCUUACUGAGAGAUCUUUUUGGAAGUACUGUUCUUUUAAAUACGUUUAAUAUUUUGAACCCAACAAUCAAUUGGUUUAUGGACGGACCAUCAUUUUUUUGACUAGGCUGGGGGGGGGGUUUGGGAACUUUUCACAAAACAUGUGCUUUUUAACAAUUUGACCCUUGAGGUCAAUAAAAAGCAGUUGAAAGUCGCUAGUUAGGGCUUAAAACGGACGAAUUAAUCGCUGGCAACACGAGAAAAGUUGCUCUGGGCAAAAGCGACAGAUUUGUAACGAAAUGAACAACAUUUUAAAGCACAGAAAUAAUAUCCUUUCAGUCUCUUAAACUAUGAGGCUCAUAGCGAGAUGCCCGACUAAAACAGACCUAGAAUCCACCUUUCUUGACCCCACAAUCGGUUGUCUAAGACAAAAUCACUUUAACUAAACACUUACAAAGCGUUUUCAUGCUUGUUAUAACACGAGCGCCACGACAUACCUGAAAUCUGUCUGUCAACAACUUCAGGAAAUCACACAAUUAACCACGUUGGCGGCACUGAUAAAACAUCCACAACGAACCAGACACAAUCUUUCCACACUUGAUACGAGCGAAAUAUCAUCACAUUACUCUCUCUCUCUCAAUAACUCUCGCUUUCUCCACAUAAAUCAUCACAUCUAAACUUUGCUGACACAGUGGAUUUAUUCAAGAUCCCGGAUGUAGACGAGCCGUUUUGAAAGGGACACAUGGACGCCGGCCUUCAAAACAAAUUUUUACUAAGUCUCUGGCCUGGUCAGAAAUCAGCAUCAAUUUUGCUCCCGCCGAAUAGUUUUGACUCCUAAAAGCUACUUUUUGAGGCCAGAGACUCGUCACCGCCUGCAUCAAAGCUAGCAAUAUGAUGCCUUUCCGUCUCAAGCCCGAGAUCAGUGUUUUAGCCAAAAUGAAACGAAAUACGGUAACAUAUUGGACGACGGCAGACUUUGCCAAUCGUGAGACUUGUUCCUUCAUAAGGCUUAAUGAUGCCUUCCGGAAAACUUUGCUGCAGGCGGCCAAAAAGAAAACCUAGAAAUUAACCGACCACGGAAAACAACUUCUACCGCGCACGCUGAUUUCAAAUGUCAUAGUGUAGAGAAUUAUGGGAAUGAUAGAUGGGGGAGACCUACGGGGGGUAGGGAAGAUGUAAACAGCAUAUUAAACACGUGUUUUUUGAUCCACUGCAGCUUUUAAGGAGAGUUUUGUACUGAAAAGAUCAUUAAAAAAAACAAACAAACAAACCAUCAUGGUUAAGUACUGAACGAGCCUCAAAUGAGACUGUUGCUAAAAAUUUCUGGAGGCACCUUUUAUCAAAUCCAGACAGAUUUUUUGUGUCUCCGUUUUCCUGCAAACAUUUUUUACUUCCAUACAAUUUCUUUCAGCGCUACAGCCUCUGCAAACAAUUUAUUUCCAAAUUUUUUUACCCCCACCCUCCCCCGUCAAAAAAUAAUGGUUUGUCCCUUGGCCAAUAAUCAAAGGGGCCCUAUCGCUAACUUGUGAAUUAAUUAUUUUAGAAAUGAAACCUGAUAAUAAACCUGCAACUAGUCUAUCGGAAUAUUAUAAGUCUAUCAAAAAAUGAAAAUAUGUUUAAAAAAAAAAGCAAAACAAAACAAAACAAAACGACCGGAAAAAAAGGAAGAAACAUUCUCCUCCGGAGCGGAAGUCGAACCCCGGACUUUUGACGUGUGAGGUCAACGCGUUAUCUAUUGCACCACGACAGCUAAUGUUCCAAUUGCAAGCCUUCUAAAUUAAUUACAGUGAAACCUCUAUUAAGCGAACCCCCAAUAGGCCAUUCCGAGUUCUCCCUGGCCACUGUUUCAAAACGAGAGUAGGUGCUCAUAUGGAAAUCGUUUUUCAUUCUCAUGCAAGUAAAACUCAUUUUCACAAGAAAGGUUGUGCACCUAGCCUCAUUUUGAAAGUGAGGGUUUUUGGAACUCGGAAGUGGCCUAUUCAGAGCGUACACCCUCUAUUAAGCGGACUAAGUCGGGUCCCGAAAUUAACGUCUCAUAUUUCCCCUUUAUAAGCAUAAUUGCAUCCUUGAACAAAGUUCACCUAAAAGUCUUGCGCAAAGUACAGCUGCCCUAGCUUCCUUAGUUUCCUCAACAACAUGCAGGGGCACCUAACGGCUGUUUUCUGUAAAAUAUCUGUUCGGAGAAGCAAAAAUUGCCGAGAAUUUUGUAUACCUUAAGGAGGGCUAAGAAUUUCUAGAUGACCGUUCCAUUCAUGUAUAAUUUGCGAAGCUUAUCUAAUAAAUUCCCUAAUAUUUUCUGAGUUUAAUUUUUUGCAUUUCACUCCCCGGAUUAAGCUAUUUUUCACAGAAAGAAAGGAAGCUUAAAAUUUUCGGAUCCGAAAAUGCGAUGGGAAGAGGAAUCAGAAAAAUUCCCACCUUCGAAAAACUUUAAACUGCAUCUAAAAUUUUCGGGAGAGUAAUACUGAAGCCCUCAUCUGGUAAUUUCGAAAAGAUUCAAGUUGCCCUAGGAUGACCGAAGAGAUAUAAAUUUUAUAGCGCCGAUAAGAAUGUAAAAGUACUUUGCAUAGCCUAAAAAGUGUUUUCAAUGCGUUUAGGAGGACACCGUCGUUGGGUGCCCCUGAACACAAACAUUGCCAAAUUUUUACAAAGCUCUAUCAAACGGACACUUGGGAAGGUCCCGAAGGUGUCCGUUUAAUAGAAGUUUCACUGUAUAUUUUUAAUUUUUGCCCAUGAAAUUCUGCCGGAGGACGCUGUUUGAAGCUAGAGCUUUAUUUGUGAAGAAUUGAAAGAUAUAUUCGGGGAAAACAAGCAAGGUUUUGACAGUAAAAGCGGUACUUUAACUGAUUUCGUCGCAUGUGAAGAACAUAUGGCCGACAAGUGUCUCGCAAAACCGUCGCGAAGUCUCCUGCUGACGGCGUUGUACAGCUUGCAAUUUUCGGCGCUUAAUACAUAAGGAGAAUCAAUUGUGAUUCAGCAGCUGUAAACAUUUCCGUUUUUAUGAACAAAGAAACAUUUUAUUUCAGAAUGACAGUUAUUUAAAUAACAUGAGAUUGGGAGUCUUGUCGUGAGAAAAGUUAAAAAUCGUGAGACACGGCAUGUCACGGCAGAAUCAUGAGCUUGGACCAGCUUGGGAGUCGAAGAGCAAUGUAACUGCUGAUCUUUUCGUCAUGCUUAUCGACUGGACGAGUCAAAAAACUUGAAAAGUUCAUAAACUUCUGUCUCAAAGUUGGCCAUAGUGCUAAUCAAGUUUCAAAGUCAACAUGAAGAGAACUUCACGUCCCGUGAAAUGUACAAAAGUUCUGGGCAAUCGCGGAACGGGAACGAUCCACGACAGUUGUCGUUUUGAUAUCGGGCGCUUUCGUGCGGAGCCGACUAAUCACGAACGGUGUCUACACCCGAGUGACACAUUUGCAUAUCGCAGUGCCGACAAUAACUUGUUCCUUACGCUACACGUAUUCCACAAGUUAAAAAUGGCGUUCUAUUCUCAUGCAAAUAUUUCCAAUCGUAUUUUUCUUCUCUCGUCAUUAAAAAAAAAAACUUUCCCAUAUGCCACAGAAUUAGAAUACUGUGACUUAAUGGUUAUGUCAACGUUUAUCAGGAGCCUUGAGACUAUCUAAUGGGAAUAUAAAGGUAGGACACGUAUAUUUUUAUUGCCAGAAACAUGAAAACGAUGCCAGGUGGGCUAGUUUGGCUAUUUUUCGAGUUUCUAUAUCAUUUCAAAAUCAAUCACAACUUUGCAGGCUAUAAAUCAAAAACACUGCUUGAGAAACAUGUCAUUUAUACAGAAAUUUAAAGAAAGUUAUCAAUUUGUUUCAAAUUGGCCUUUUUCCACAUAAAAAAGUCAAAUUUGCCAAUUUCAGCUGGAAACAGUUUAGUAACGUGAAAUUGACGCAAUUCCAAUAUUUAAUGUCAACCCUUCAAGGACUGCUUUGGUCGUUUCCGUUCCAUAUGGAACGAUGCAUAUUUUCCUUUCCGGACCCAUUUAGCUUUCAGUUUAAGUUAAUAAAUGGGUAAACAACAACAUCACCAAAGAUAUGCAUAUUCUGACCAAUUCUAACAGAGUUCAACACACGAAAAAAGGCGAAAACCCACUGCUAAUUUUGCCGUUUACCUACUACUCUUUGAAGAUUAAAUUUGUCCCUUUCCUGAAAAGUUGGCCUGUCACAAUUCCAUGCAAAGGAAAGACCAUAAAUUGGACAGCUAAAGUGCUAAUAAGAUGAAAGGCAAAGGAAAAAAAGGAGAGCGAGAGAGAAAGAUCGCAAAAAAAAAGCUGUUUACUGACCUCCAGUUAGUCGGAAAAUAUGCCUUUUUUCUUGCAAAACUCUUAUGCUAAUGAACCGAAAACCAGUCCAAAGAAGAGGAAUUGGUGCAAAAAAUACGGUUUUUUCGCUAAUCGCCGGCCGUCCCCAUUGGGAAAAGGUUAACCAGACAAAAGAAGACUGGAAGCCAUUUUUCCAUUGGUUCUAACGGACAGUCAGAGUAAAUUUCAGUGAUUCAUAUAUUAAGAAUUAUGUACGUUCAAAAUUUUGCGCGAAAGGGAUGUUCACAUAUCUUUUAUGUCAAUUCCAAAGCUUAGAAAACACUUUUAUUAUUAUAAUAUGUUGAAUGGCUGUAGGUUAUUUUGUCUUUAGUUUCCUUUUAAUGUAUAUGUAUUAUUUACGCUCAGCUACUCUUCCCGGAGCCAUUGUUUUAAAGAAAGCCACUAUUAUUUUUGUAUUAAAAGUUUGUACUAACCGGAGAAUUUUAUUUUAUUAUUUUUUGGGGAGUCUAGCGGUUCAAGGCAUCUGUCCUUCAUCCGGAUCUGUUAAGGUGAUCCUCGAACUCAGUAGAAUAAAAAAUCUUACCUAUGACAUUAUAAAAAGUAUCCGAUUGCUAGCCACCAACUACAGUGUAUCUGUUUUUUAUCAUAAAAAUUAACCAUAGUUAGCCACCAACUAUCUGAUUUAGAAAACAACGUCUGAAAAUCCAGGGAGUUCAAUCUCGGAUUAAGCUAAGGUGGCUCGAUUGGAUUUUUCAGGGGCAAUGAAUCCCUAGUUCAAGCACUAACUACGUUGCCGAGAACACACAGCAGUUAUCAGACAAAGGUGGAUAUUGUUAUGAGCAGUGUUAUGCUGACAUCCGAAUUGCCAUUGCAACGUUAUGACGUCUUGUCUAUAUUACUUGCGGCCUUAUUUCGCGGCACUGGGAGUUUUUCUUUCUCACAAUCGCCCAAGAUGGCUACUUGCUUCAGUGCCUGAUGGAAUAUUUACUGAUGAAAAUCUACGGUGGCAAACGCACAUCGAUAAAUUAUCUAAAAAGAUCACUUCCGGGUUAGGAGUUAGGUUAGGAGCAAGAGAUUUUGUUCCAACAUCUACUCUCCGUUGUAUAUACAACGCUGUAAUUCAAUCUCAAAUCCAUUAUUGCAAUCUUGUCUGGGGUAAAAGUGGUAAAACUUUAUUGACUGGGGGCUUCAGAACCGUGCUGCUCGUGUUCUAACCGUUUCUAUAUAUGAUGCUGAUGCCAGUCGCUUAAUUAGACGACUUAAUUGGAGAGACUUGAGCACUCAGUUUCAAAUACAAAAAGCCUUAUAAUGCUUUACAAGUCUUUAAAUGAUCUUGUUCCGGGAUAUUUAUCCUCUAAAUUUGUUAAACGAUAUGAAAUGUGCUAUUCUCUGAGGGACUCUGUUAAGAAACUAAUUGUCCCGUCCCGAGAACUAACUUCAUGAAGAAUAGCUUCAGUUAUAGCAGAGCAGUUCUCUGGAACAACCUGCCCUAUGAUAUGAGGGAGGCUAAAUCUUUAAGUCAAUUUAAACGAUUGGCUCAUCUGAAUCUCUGAUCUUUAAGUACUGUGUGCACGGCAUUCAUGAAAAACAGGUCUUAGUUAGGUUAGUUGUAGUUAGUUUCGUGCCGGCAUAUUGUUUAGGGUAAUGAAUUAGGUUUAUUUAAUUUUUUUUAUACUCCUGAUGAAUUUUACCGCGUAUAAAUAAAGAACUAUUCUAUUUUAUUCGAUGGUCCUGUUUUUUUUACUGCAUUUCCACCCAUUAAAAUUUCAUUCUAAAAUAAUCCAAAAAAGCUCUCUUUGUCCCAGUGCCGAGAAAUACGGCUGCAACUAAAAUGCGUAAUGGUGUCAUUUGGUUGCUACGACGACUGCGAUGACAUCAUUAAACACUGCUCAUAACGAAUUGUCAUCUUGUCUUUGUCUGAUAAAGCUGUGCAUGGUAAGCGUUUUACAAUAUUUUUGUUAAUAGCUACGUAGUUAAUGCUAAAGCAUAGAAGUCAGUAUCCACUCGAGCCACCUUAAUAAAAUGUCUAAAACUAUCUUUGUCCUCGUUUAGCAUUUUUAUCUAAUUCAAUUUUGAUAUAUUAUAUAUUGAUGUAAGGUUUUAAUUAAGCAUGUAUAGUAUAUUGCUCUAAUGUAUUUACAGACCUAUUACUGAUAUUCUUUACAGGGUGGAUUCCAGUUCAAUAUAACUUUGGAUGAGGCGUUACCAGAGAAAGUAAAGGGAGGAGAAGCACACUUUGAAGCAGUAAACGUUCCAGUACGCAAGUUAAACCCCUUCACCCUAUCUGGUAUUGUCCCUAGUAAGUAACUUGAAACGUUUUCUUCAAAAAGAAUGUUACAUUGAAAAUCGAAACUAUAACCCGCUAGAGAUUGGCUGAGUUCGUAUCAAUCGCGCACAAUCAACGGCCACCAAAUUUCACUGCAGACUAUUUUACUCGUCAUCAUUUAAACAUAUAGGCAGGCAUAAUUUGAUUAUCGCAAUGUGAUGUCAUUAUGACGUCCCAUUGUUAAGUUAUUUGUCUCUUCCCAUAUUUCACCAUUUGUUUCUCUAAAAUGGAUAUGAGGCGAAAAAAACUUAACUUCAAUAGUGUUUGUUAAAAUCCUAAAGCUGGCUCACAACUCUAUGAUAGUAUUUUGCAGUAGUAGCGAUGUCAUGGCGACUUUAUAAUCUCGUCGCGCGCGAAGCGCGCGCGUGGUCUCAGCCCGCUGCGAAAUUCGAGGCUUCAUAAAUCAAUCUUUCUUUCUCUGAAUAUAUGCUUGGUAUCCGCCAAUGACGUCAUGGAGCAUUUUGAGUUUCCAGGCAACACAGACUUCGCCGCCGAUGACCAAGGCGCACUUUGAUGUGUUUAUUGCUGGUUUUCAAUGUCACGUUAUUCAAAAUAGAUCAAGUCCAGAAUCUGGGAAAUGAAAGGAGGUACAUAUACAAAGACCCUCGCCAAGAUUCAGGUCAGAGGAAUAUUUCGUAUACGAGAUAUCCGAAGAAAUGUUUUUGGUGCUCACCUGGAUGAGCUCCAACAUGGCGGACGGAAACCAACAGAAACAUCUGUUACCGAGUUUUGCUACAAAAGCGUGAAUUUAUUCUUCGAGAAACUCAUAAACGUUAAGGUAAUUCUUUUUCUAAUACAUGGACUGUUUAGAUAGCAAAAUGUCCUGAAAUAAGUCACUUUCGGUUAACCUACAUGACAGCUCUCUUGGCCGUUAUGUAAAUGCCGCGUCACGCAAAAGCUCAGAAAUCCAAGCGUACUCUGUCACAAAACCAAGCAUCCUUUUGAAGCGAAAAUUUGUAUGAAAAUUAGUUUCCAGUUGCUCUAAUGCAUCGUGAAAGUAGAAUCUCGGUAGGAUCGAUAGUUUUUUAGUUCGAAUUUUAGUGACGUCAUGUGAAAACCAACAAUUCAUCGUCUGUGAAACAAAGUCUACCAUCGGUGAAUCACGAACAAUUUCCCAUGCAAAUGACACACAAGCACAACAAGUGCCUCCAAAUCCUCGCCCAGGAAGAUUUUCCACCGAAACUCCUCUGGAGGGAGAACGCCGACUUCAAAUUCAGCGUGAACAACGAAGGAGAAGACGAAGGCAACGCCCGACAACAAGAGACAGAGGAAUAGGAGAUUGGAAUCAGGGGCAUUAUGAUCGUUUAACACUGUCGAAAACCCAGAUUUCUUAGUUUGGCGGUUUCCCCGCCAAUAUAUAGAUCAAAGUCUGCAAAGUUUCAGCUCUGUAUUACGGCCCGAAGAAUGAUAAUUUUCAGGCCGGCGAACUGUACUACCAUAUUUCUUCUUUGUUUUUGUCUUUUUCUUAAUCCGGGCGCCGAAAUAAUGCUAAAUCUGCUUUUCAAUACACUGUUAACGAUAACAACACAUAAUACGCAAAAAAGAAGAGGUAGAAAAGAAAGAACAGCGUAUGGACCUUUAAGACGAUAUUCGCGGUUGGUCACCGGAGUAUACAGUAAUUUUGCCGCAAACCUAACAAAAGUUAAGGCCGCUUCAAGGUACAGAGCUUUCAGCAAUAGAUGUAAUUUUUUUUAUUAAUUAGGGUCUUUUUGAAUUUUAACUUUGAAUUUAAGGCGUUGACGGAUCGUAAUAAACGAAGUGAAAUGUUGUCACUGUUAUGAAGUGUGAAUGUGUUUAUUCAGGUAUGUAAAUUCAUGUUUACAAAGCUCUCUUGAAUAGACUUAAUUCGGAUAUAUUGGACAUUUUCUUCGGUAAUUUUUAUCAGCUUUAUAACUUCUAUAAUAUGCUCCUCGCCCGGCCAAAAAAAAAACUAUAAACUCGAUCGAUAGUCCAGCGCACGUUGUUGUCGGUUAAGAAUUCACACGUUUUCAGUAGGUGUCGCGUGCGUUUUGCAUUUUUUUUAGUAGCAAUUAAGGGCAAAGACGACAUGCGAGAAAAACAAGGAGGCAUAUGACAUUAUUUUUUUCAAUAAUUGAAUUAUUUUCUCUGCUCGUUUGCUUCUCGCCUCUAAAAUGUAUUUCACUUUGUGAUAAAAACUCACUGCAAUUAUCUGCUGACCACCAAGCAAGGUGACCGCUUUGCAAGCUGUGAGAACAUUUUUUGUCAAAUCACCAUCUUGCAUCUGCUAUUUUGAAUUUUUUUUAAUGCUAUUAUUUUUCUUACAAAAUAAUUAAUGGAUGAAAUCGUAAUAUAAAAAUUGAUCUGAUUAUGCUUUUGAAGCAAAAUAAAACUGCCGGUAAUGAAAUUCCAAAAGGAUGGAACAUUGUUGUAAAUUAAACUCAACAACUGUUAAAAGCUAGUGUGAAAUUUGCAUUUUGAAUUAACAAAGAAAGUGUUAGGUAAUAAUACAAUCAGGUAAUCUAGAAAUAAGGUGGUUUUUUAGAAAAUUAAUGCGAAUUUUUAUACAUGACUCUUAAAUCUUGAUUUGUAAUGUUGAAAUCACAUCAGGAAGACGUAAAAUGCCACCUGAUAAAUACUAGGAGAAGUCACCAAGUUUAGUGAUCAAAGCUUGAACAGUUUUAACAUUAUUAAACUGUUAAUAAUAUACACGAAAAAAUUACUCUAUUCUGAUUGGCUGAGAAAGGAGUGCAGCUCUUCCGUAACACGAGCGCAAAAUGUGUAACACGAGUGCAAACUUGUAACACGAGUGCAAAUUACAGAUGCUUUCUGAUUGGCUGAAAACACAAAAGAAACCAACAAGAACCAAUCAGAUAAGAGCUGUUUUAACAACACAGAUUCAAGAAAUUGGCCAUGGUUUUCAGCAGACGACGACGGGAUUCAAUUUUGUAAGCAAAACAACAAUAGAAAAGUUAAAAAAAAUAUUCCAAAAAAACCCGAACACGGUAAAAAGUACGUCUUUCUCGAUAAAUGUAUUGAAAAUGCGUUGCUAAGAGAAAAAUACUGUCCACAAAAUCGAGGAAAAUGAGCCAGAGAAACUAAAAAACAGGCUACUCAUAACAGACUACGCUAAAGUAAAAAAAAGAAAGAACAAAAAUGGUUGCAACCACACGCAAACCAUGACAGCUACACUCUUCAGGCAUUUAAAUGAACAAGGAUUAUUCAAUGAUAAUAACAGGGAUUUCAAGUCAUGUACGUUAUUUGUUGCUCUCUUUGAGUCUUUUGUGGAGCGAAGACCUCUAUUAAAACAUCCAUGUGAUGGUCUGUUUUUUUUUUCUACCUCAGUAGCAAACGAAACCGAAAAUUUAAACUUCUGGUCCAAACUAAACCAAUGGGCGAAAAUACCACAACUCACAUAAUGAAAAGUAUCCGUAGCUGGUACUAGCCUUAAGGUCUCGGUAAAUGAAAAUUUUAGUACAUUGCUCGAUUUUGUCUUUUUUGGAUUUUUGGCAUGAGUGGGUCCUAAAUUUUAUUUUGGCAGAAAAAGAAAAUCAGAAAGUGCUUUUUAACCCUUCUAAAAUGAGCCUUUUCUGAGCUAACCAGCCAAGCGUGGACUUCGCGCUAAAUCUUUAGAGCUGAUUUUCUCUCAUUCUAUUUUAGACGCAAAAAUCAAAAUUCUCCGACCUCCAGUCGGGACAGGUUUUAAGCUAUCGCUUUGAAACUUUCAGAUAUGAUGGAUAAUGAUAUAGACUCAAAAAGGGUGUGAGGAAUUUUCCGAUUUUCGUUUGUAACUCAUUUUAUGUCAGUUUCUUUGCGUAAAUCGCGCUCGAGAUUCGACUUUUUAGUUUGAAAUGCAAUAAUUCCGCUAAUACGAGACAUAUACAAAUUUCCUCACACCCUUUUUUAGGUCUUUUAUCUGUCAAUCAGAUACAAUAAAAAGGAAGUGAAUAUUUAACAACGCGAAAGGGCUGGAGCUUCAGCAGUAAACUCGGUACCUCUGAGUUCGAGAACAAAAAACUUAAGCCCCUUUUGAAAUUCGAUGAAAUAAAAUCUUUUAUAAGGUAAUUUAGUCUUUUAGCUUUAAUUUGAUAUAUAACUUGCCUUUGUAGCGAAAAUACUCGCGCGACUAGAAUUUUUUUCUGUGGGAACCUCGUUUUCCUUUACCGAGACCUUAAAGAAAGAGGCAAAAAAGUUUACGAAUCAUUGUGCAAGAAAAACAACCGUCAGCUGAAGAAAGCAAAGAUUGUAAGUUCAGAACAUAUCGUCAGUGUCACUACGAUGAAGCCGACGAAGAAGAGCUACAAUGAAUCUUGCAGUAGCCCAAAUAAAAUAAUGAAAACUCCAGCGCUGAGAAAAAGCAAAUAUUAUAUUAAUACUGACAGUUUCCGACAUCACAACAACUGUGGCUCCACUCACCCAUCGAUGGUAGCGUCGAAAGAAAACAAAUUGCCUCCUUCAUUUUCGGGUUUUAAAUCUCAAAAAUUUGUCCACGAAUCCAGCUAUGAUGGGGUCUCAGGAACAGACAAUGAUAAACAGUCGUUAAAAAUCCUUAGCAAGUGUCUUUCAUCUUUGGCUGCUCGAAGCGUUCUCCUGAUUUAAAAACGACAGUAUACUUCUUGAAAACGCUUCUUGUAAACGCCGAGCUCUCAUAAUCGAGGAUGAAUUUAAAAACACUUACUUUUGCUGAUUGUUGUAAACCAAGUUAUCUUUAACAGGCUGGUGAUCAUAUAAAAAAAUCCUUGCACAUUUCCAAGUUCUUAGCUGAAUGGUUGUGAAAGCGUUGGUCUUGAAAAAGUUUGAAUUUGACAAAGGUAGUAGUCUGUUUCAGCCAAUCAGUUGAAUGAACUAAAAACGCGCGCGCUGUCAAAAUUUGUUGUCGUAGUUAUGUUUUUCGUGUCUAUUAUUAAUAAGUAAUUACAUGAUUUUUCUCGUGCAAUUUGGAUUAAAUAAGCACUUGUAAAUUUUUCAAAGACCACAAAGUGCACGGGCUCGUGCGCUUUUGUUAGUCUUUGAAAAAUUUACUCGUGCUUAUUUAUUCCAAAUUGCACUGGAAAUCAUGUGAUUACCUAUACUAAUAAUAUACAUGAAAAAAUUUCUCGAUUGUGAUUUGCUAAGAGAAAUGCAGUUUUUUGGUAACACGGUGCAGAAAAAAGGCAACUGAGUGCAGAAAAAAAGGUAAUUUAGUGCAGAAAAGAGGUAACAAACGAAGCAUUCUGAUUGGUUAAUAAACAAAGGAACUCACUGAAAGCCAAUCAAGUGCUCCAUCUGAAUGGCACAAAAUUUGGAUCCGCUCUGGACCAGUUACGAGCAAAAGCGGCAAUGGCUGGCGUUUGUAGCAGAUUUGCUUUCCGACCGCAACAACUAUAGAGAAGCUGAUCGAAAAACUGCUCCAAAAACGAAAACACUGCAAAAUUAAAAGCACCGAUUUUUGGCUCUCUGUUUGGAAGAAGUGGUGCUUAGAGAAGAAAAUUACAGAUGAAAUAGAAAAGUAUGAACACUUUGCUCGAGCAUUUCUACGCCGAAGUAAAAAAUAAACAAGGUGAAGAUUAUGAACCAGAAAGCCUUAAAGUAAUGAUGGCAUCGCUUGACAGACACUUAAAGAACAAAGGCUACACCUUGUCCAUUGUACGUGACCGAGAAUUUAGUUCGUCCAAACAGGUGUUGGAAGGCAAAGGGAAACAGCUUCGCUUGGCUGGCCGUGGUAACCGCCCAAACAAAGCUACAAGUAUCAGAGGAGGAAGAAGAAAUUCUCUGGAAGAGUGGAAAACUCGGAGAUAAUAACCCAUAAUCUUUAAUUCAAACAAUGUGGUGGCUCCUUACCCAACACUUUGGUCUCCGUGGAAGGCAAGAAGGCCACGGAAUGAGACUGGAGGAUUUCGGAAUCAUGAGCCGUGACGACGUCAUGGAAUUUGUUGAGUUUGCAGAAGGGCCUACGAAAACAAGACCAGGAGGUUUGAGUGCAAAGCCAAGACAGUUCCAGCCCAAAAUGUUUCAGACCAGGGAAGGAAAAUGUCCAGUUGCUUUAUUUCGUCAGUACAUUAGCCGUAGACCUCCCAAUCUGAGGACGAGUGGUCCAUUUUAUCUCUCGAUAAAGUACAACAGACGAGCCGACGACGAAAUUUGAUAGAAGGUACAGCCCAUGGGAGAAAAUAAAAUCAACUCCAUGAUGAAGAGCAUCAUCUCCGGAACCAGCCUUGAGACAUCUGAGAAGCGGUUUUCCAAUCACAGUGCCCGUAAAACAGUAGUCAGCAAAAUGAAGAAGGCGAAUCUCUAAAGGUCGGCAAUUGCAAAAGUCACUGGUCACAGAAAUAUACAAUCUUUAGAUGACUACGAUGAAGCAGACGAAGACGAACAGCGACAGCUUUCGUGCGCCAUCUCACGAAAGAACAGCACACCGAAGCCAGCGGGCAAUACACCUGGUCCUUGUACUUCAAGUGCAGUAAUUCCUCAUAAGAUGAGUUCACAAGCGCAGAUUGUAAUGAAUUCCCAGCCUAGUCCCUAGGCGUUCUCGGCUCGGUCAAUCCUGGACUCUACCGUGAGACAACGGGGCAAGAGAGAACGCCUAGGGACUAGGCUGAUGAAUUCCUUCACCGACUGCAAUGUAACAUUCAACCUCAACAACAAGACUUCGCCUACCAUUCGCCCUCGCAAACGGCGAUUGCGUUUUAUCAAAAGUGUCUCCGAUACAGAUUGAACGAUUCCAUGAACUGUUUAGCCCGUUUCUGCGGCUUGUAAACUUUAAAAACAUCGAGAAAAAUAUAAUUUUGUUUUGACUGCACGUGUGAUGAUAUUGCAGCACUUGAAUAAAUUAUUUUUGCACGUGGUUUACGUGAUUUUAAAGCUAUCUCGCAAUUUUUUUCAUGAAUAUUAUUAAUAAGUAAUCACAUGAUUUUUCUCGUACAAUUUGGAAUAAAUAAGCACUCGUAAAUUUUUUCAAAGACCACAAAUUGCACUCGCCCUAUAGCUACGGGCUCGUGAAAUUUUGUUAGCCUUUGAAAAAAUUUACUUGUGCUUAUUUAUUCCAAAUUGCACUCGAAAUCACGUGAUUACCUGUACAAAUUUGAGGGAGACGUCAAAAACCCCAUGGUAUGAAUACAGGUAACUGAAAGAAAUCCAAAGGAAAAGCAUGCUGUAAAUCACGUAAAGCGCUGGAAUGGAAGUACAUCAUAUCGAGUCACGCAACGUUUGCUGGGUGAAUCUGGGUUAAUGUCGUUUAACAUUUUUUAUCAUUUUCCGGAUGCGGACUACUGUGCGCACAAAAGAUGAAUUUAAGAGUGGGAGUACCCUGGUGGUAGCUUAUGGUCUUUUUUUUUUUAAAGUUAUAUCAGCAAAAAACUUAAUGUCCGAGUUUUAUUACACCGAAAAUUCAGAACUUUCUUUAUUUUUUGAAAGGUACGUUAUACAUUUUUGUGGUGUUAGCAGUGGUUAUUGCAAUUAGCCUGACAUUUAAAGGAGGGUGGGUCAAGAUUAAACAUUGUCUUUCUUCAUGAAAGCGGGGUGAUGGUAGAAAUACUCCUAGUUGCGCAGUGUGCUAAAAACCUAUCUACAGGUAAACUUGGAAUGGGCUAUUGAGAGGGGCUACCAAAGGAAUUUAGUUGCGUGUUAGCAUGUUGCACAGUCAGGAGCCGAUUUUGCUUAUUUGUCUUUUAACUGUACCCUUUUAACACAUUCAGGUUCUCAAGUGCCUGGCACAGCAGCAGUUACUGUCAUCACAGAUUCUGGUCAAGACCUCGGAUUUACCUUCUUUGAAUACAUAGACGAUGCUGAAGACUGGCUCAAACAGCUGGUGGAGGAUCCAAUGCUCCAAUCCAAGUAUUUUGCCCUGUUGUCUACAAAGUUUGCCCACGGAAGCUCAGCAAAUACCAGCAACAUUGCACAUGGUAAAGGCAAAGGAAAUUUACCAGGCCACGGUAAGACCAAAUAUCAAAUAAAUUUUCAAAAUCUUGUCUCGUCCCUGUAAGGUAAACUGAGACAGUCUCUCUAAAUUCCCUGAUUCGGAACCAUAAAGAGGGGUACGUCACCGUGACGGCUCUGUAAUCAUUAAUCUCAGGACUCUGUUUUAUGGUUGUAGUUACUCCACACCAUUUAAUAUAAACUUGAAAGGGCGCAGUUAGUCUCUACCAGUCUGUUGUCCAAUUGCAUUAUCAUUCUGUCAUCAAUGGUCAUGGAACACCUCAGGAACGAUAAUUGCUGGACACUAUUCAACUUAGCGUUCCACGCAGGGGAAGCUUGUAUUAGCUCCCCUAAAAACGCUUGCAUGGGAGGCUGUAUUUAGCUGGGUGCUUGGUGGAUGCUAAACUUUAGAGGAGGUGGGCUGUUGAAGGACCUCUGUCUUCUACUGGCUGGCUUUAAGACAUAAAAAGGUGAACAAAAGUUGCAAAAUAUGACAUCAAUCGCUGCAAGGCCAAUUCAGAGCCGACAAAUAAACUUCCAGCGGUUUUAGUAUUUUUAUAAACACCCCUUCAUCUUUAUCAGGUCGUUCAUACUCCUCUCAAAUUAAAGGUCAUGCUUAUAAACAUCACUUUGUUGUGCGCCAUUGCUGAUUUGGAAGGGCUAGGAGAGGUCGUUUCCGGCUGUGACGAGGCCGAACUAGCCCUCGUGGGGCUAAAUGCUCAUAGCUUGUCCAGGAUUGUCCACAAUCUCCUCCUACUGACUAUAUCAAAGCUUUUGCCUUCCUCAAGACUAAUCUGUGGUACGCCCACAUUUCUCUAUAAGGCCGUGAGUUCGUCAUUGACAAUUUUGAGUUGUAUUAACCUGUUAAACAGUAUAUCAGAGUGAUCACUCGAUAGUCAGAGCACUGAGUUUCACUCAGUGUAUUCUUAAUGUUGUAUGAAAGAAUUUCGACGAAUUGCGGAAGUCAUUAAGUAGUGAAAUAUGCUCCCGACAGCUAACAAGGAAUUUAUAGAGUUUCAUUUGGAGUGAGAGACCUCCGCUGGCUCGUAUCUCUGGGAGCCUGCCUUCAACUCCUGCCGCGUUCCGCACUUAAGGUUCUGAAAAAGGCACAUAGGAAAGGCUUACCGUGUCCCUGCAUGUGACUCUCCUGGUGAUAGCUGGCUGGUACAGUGAUGACAGUUUUAUGUUUUCUUUUAUUCUCUUACGCGGCCGCUUUUUGCAUCGUCACGCCCGCUUCCUCCCUUGGAGGCUGCAUAUAGUGGACCACAAAGUUUUCGAGACAGUCGGGGUCAAAUGGAGUAUAUGUGGGACUGGAGAAUAAUCUGUUCCUUCCGUUAUUCCUCCAUUUAAAGUUUGGUUGUUCCUUGUUUCGUACAAGCAGCUUGAACAGCAUAAAAUCAGCUAAAAUCUUUGUUUGCGAAGGUGGGGAAGGGAAAGUUUCAUUUUCCUCUUUCAAGUGGAUGGUGUGAAUGUUCUUGAGGCGAAACCUGUUUAAACUUUCUUGUGUGUGUUUCAACCAUUUGCGAAAAAUUAAGAUUUGUAACUUUUAAAAUAAGCUGUUUGCGUUUCUUUAGACCGCUCACAAACUUGACUUUUGUAACUCGAGCGUCUGCUUAUAAGCAAGGGACGCGUUCCUUUUUUUUGCUUGAGACCUUGUGUCGCCCGUGGCUGUUUUUGUCUUGACGUGAUGUGUUUAUACAUGUUAGGUCUUAGAGCCCAUGUCCUUAGGUCUAGCAGCAGAAAAAGGGAUCGAGACACGAGUGAAGGUCACCUGUCGUAAGGGAAGGAAUUUGACCCGAUUUAGAUUCCGGAUUUCAAUUUUUAGCGCACGUAGGCUAGUGUGGGAAAGAGGUUCUACACAGAGCAACAAAAUCUACACCCCCUCGAUCAUACACAAUAAUUGACCUUUUCAAAACCUUAGCAACCCCAGGAAAUAUUGAAGCUCGCCGACUUUAUUGCAAAUAUUAUGUCUAGUUUACCAACAACCCCUACAGCCUCCCCGCUCUUUCAAUAUUAAAAAGCGGGACUCUUUAACUGGACAUAAUGUUAUAAUUUUCUGCUCGCUUUUAUCUUUAUUUCAGGUUCUUCUGUUCAAAAAAUGCAGCAACAGUCAGUUAAACUACUUCAGCUUAUGGUUUAUACAGCAGCGCAAACAAAUGCUCAAGAAUUUAUUGAAAUGAUCUUCAGUACCUCCGCUGGUCAAAUUGUCUUUAACGCCUACAAAGACAAAACACCAUUGCCUGAGGAUGUUGCUCGAGAGAAUGGCCAUGACGAAUUAGCUCGAUACUUUCAAGAUGUACAUGCCAGGUAUUUUAUAAAAUUGCACGUGGGUGUCCAAACGGUGACUAAUAUUACUAUCAGUCACCCUCAUGUUUAUUGCCCCCGCAGGGAUUUCGCCCAGAAGGCGAGAUCCCGAGGAGGCACUCUAAUAACUCGCACGUAUGUUAAGGAAAGUACUUACAGUUGAAAUAUACAUACAGUCAAUAUAGAAAAAAUCUCGAUUUGCUUGAACAGGGGCCGCGAGGGAUCGGUAGGUGAUGAUGACGUUUCUAUUGUUUGCGCCCGCAAGUACGAAAUGGUUAGGGUGAUGUAAAACACAAAAAAUCCCGAAGGAACAGCUUACAAUAGGUAGAUUUUGUGACAUGUAUUGUGCAGUCAUACUUCGAUACUCUUUUGCGUUACGUGUGUUAUCAGUGACAUUCUGUGUACCAGUUGUUUUGAAAGUUAUGGACCAAAAGACACUCGUUAAGCGCAGAUGAAGUUACAAGGUGCGUAUAACUGUGUAUGUAUAAACACUUGUAGAGUUUGCCAGACACGAGUUCACAAAUCUUUGAUCUGAAACCUUGCCAGACACUCUUUCUCUCUCUUUGACCGGAAUAAGACUCAGCCCCAAACAAGCAAGACGAGUGAACAACGGCUAGCUUAUCACUAGCAGAACGAUGGACGAUUACAGAAAUUCGCCGACAAUCAAAUUCUGUGCUGACUUAUUCGUUGCUCACAGAUGUCCUUCAACUAUAAAGUUUAAAAUAAGACUAGACUGCACGAGCGUGAAUUGAUAGCUAUUGAUCAAACUUCCUAUAUUAAGGCUUGGCUCAAUAAAGAGAACAAUAGAAAAUAUUUUUUCAUUUAGUAAGUUUUAAGCGUAACAAAUCAAAACAUGGCAAUGUCACUUUAAUUCUGGUUGGGUAGAAAUCAGAUAAAAAUCAAAACUUUGUUCCAGAAUCUGCGAGAAAGAAAGAGGGACGUUCUUGGGGUUUGGGUCCUUUCACAAUCCCUCCGUGAAGCGGGUAUGAUAAUUUCCUAAAACUGCACAAUUAAGACUUGUGCUACUUUUACACAAGACAUGCCUGAUGCAUCAUCCUUACUUAAUGAAGCAUGACUUCAAAAUGUUUAACAUUCUGUGUCACUCAUAUCCACAAGAACUUGCUUUAUCCUCAAAUCUCAUUUCGCCUUUGAAAAUACAUCAUACAUUUGGUUGAAAAUAGGUUUUUUUUGUUUUACUUGCUACAACUUUUGUGAACUAAUUUUAACUACUUUGCAAUGUUUCUUUCCAUCGUACCUACAGACUGUCUCUGGAUAAAAAUGGUCACUCCACUGUUAUUGACUGGUUAGAACUCCUAGAAGCAGUGCAGAAACAAUCUUGUAAGUAAACUGAAAGAUAUAUUUUCAGCUUCCUCCUUCUUUUCCAUUGUUUCCAAGAUUAUUUGCUUGUUUCUGUCAUCGAUGGACUUUCCUCUGGCAGUUUUUUGUUUUCUUUCAUUCUUUUUCUUACUUUCACAAACAAGUUAUAUGUAACAACUAGCUCCGAAAAAGGGUUUCGGUCGAUAUCAUUUUUGUGGCCGAAGACCACCUUCUUUGCGAAAUUGGCCUUAUACUAUACAGGUACGUGUCCCCCAAAGGGAGAGCUGAAUAGUGGGAAAAGUUGUUUUAGUCUUAACCAAAUCAGUCGUUUAAAAAUGAACAAACUUUAUUUACCCUUUAAUUGACAGUGUUUCCGGAAUUUAUUAUUUAUUUUCAUGAUUUUGCCUCAACUUCAGUAAGAAAAUAAUUUUCUACUGCAAGUAAAUACCGACAAUUCAAACGCGGUCGCUUUCUUGGUACAUUGUAUUUGUUGGAACAACUGUAUUUUCAUUUCUCGCUAAACUGUCCCGAAACGCAACGCCGGAUUGACUUCCACCUCAAAACAUCUCAUAAUGUAGUUUCUGGCUGUUUUAGUUUUAAAACAAUUAGCGGCAUCCAUUAUAAACUUGCAUUUUCAUUCUUUUUUAUGUUAAACUCUCGUUGGUUUUUAAUAAAUGAUAGACGCUUUUUUUUUUUUUUGCAGUGACAACUCAGGAUGAGUCACCUGUAGGACUGGACCAGUCAGAUGAAGAUGACGAUGAUUCAAGUGAUUACUUUGCUGAUGCUGAAACGUCUUCAUGUGGAUCCUGUGACGAUGAUCCUGGGUGGCCUGAAAUUUCAGAAAAGAAGGGUAGGUUUGUAUACAUGCCCUAA